AUGCUAAUUCCGUCAAUCGUCCCAAAAAUCGAGUCGAUCAUUCUUAGAUUCCGGCAAUGUUUACCUUUUAAUCAAAUUAAAAAAGGAAUCUAGCUAUAAAAAGAAGAUGGAUUAUCGAUCGACAUCACCCCAGUCGUCUGAACCCUUUUCCGAUGAAAUGGACACGGCUUCGGUAAAGGAGAAGGCGAUUUUGAACAGGUCAGUGCCGAAAUUUAACAACAACUUCAAGGCGGGCUAUAUGCCUGUGGAAAAUAUUAAACCGGGAAUGAGAGGAAGGAAAACGUUUGCCUUUUGGACUUUGUUGGUGUUACUGUUUAUUUUAGUUAUUGGAAAUCUCAUUUUGACGGUGACGAUAAUUGGAGUAUUGAAACUAGGUCAUGGUAUGCAAAGCAUCGAACUGGUUCCAGAAGCUCAAACAAUCAAGUUCUUUGGCGAAACAAACCUGGAUCACAUUUACAAACGAGAUGGUAAAGUAGAAAGCUUCGAAGACGAACCCAUGGAAAUCACAUCCUACAGCAGCCCAAUCCUUCUAAAUUUAGUAAAGAAUGGUCGAGGUACUUUAAAAGCAAAAAUAGAUCCCAACGAAACUUACUUUAGGGGGUUAAACUUUUUCGAUAUUAACAAUACGCACAAAGAAUCUAUUUUUACUGUUAAUGAGCCUGUUUAUGAAAACCUAAGGCGAGUGAACAAUUUUAGGUCUAAACAUAUUCGUACUAACAAAAUAAGUAGCCCCAUAGACGAAAGUUUAACUGUAGAUGGUGAAUCUAUUACUGUAAAAGGUGCUGAGGGUACAAACAUUAACGGAAAGACUAUAACUUGGUCUGCUGACCAAGAUAUUCACCUAAAGAGCAUUAACGGCUCUAUCGUACUGUUAGGGAAAGAGGGAGUGUUUGUAGAUUUAAAUAAAAUUCCAGUAGCCAGGUUGAACAAUAAUUAUAUCACUUCACAGUUUAAAAUUUGUGUUUGUAUGCCUUUAGGAAAGAUUUUUAGAAUACCUGUAGCUAAUCCUAACGAAAGGGUACAUUGUGAUCAUGUCAGCAUGGAGCCACAAUACAACCCUUGUAUUUAGAUAAAUGUUAAGGGAUAAUUUAGUUAAAAAUUUGUGUAUAAAAUGUUAUAAAGUGUUUGUUAAAUAUGUUAGAUACUACAACAAAUCGAGUAUGAAUAUACCUUUGUUUCAUGUGGGACAUCUCGUUGGAGAUUAACCAUAAAUUAUAAAAUAACCUUUUACUUGACGCUUCGGCCCCCCAUUAAGUUAUUUUCAAAACAAUUGUUUAAUUGAAUAAAUUGUCUUCCACAAAAGAAACUACCUAAUUCCUCUGAUUAUUUCAUCUGGCAAUUUAUAAUAAAACUUACUUUCUCUACAGUCCUACUUUACUACUUAGCACACAUUUCCACAUGGAUAACCUACCUCCCCCUAUCGGAGGGAUGUAGUUAACGUUGUUCCAUUCGGUUGACUAUUGCUAAUGAUUUAUCUGUUCCUUGUGCAUUUUGUUUUAAUUCCAAAAAUGAGUAAACGGUUAUGUUUAUUAAUCUGAUCAUCGCGAUGGACACCUUUCUCUACAAUUUUAGUCAGGUACAUGCCUUUAACUUUCAUUAUUUCCAUACCUUUUGUUCUUUUACUAAUAUGUCCAAAGUAUCUCAGUAUAAUUUGAUAGUUGUAACGAGUUUAAGUUCUAAUAAUAUUGAGUUAUUGGUGUGUUGUGUUGUCCGUGGUGUGCGCAUCACUCUACGGCAGACCUACAUUUCAAAUACCAUUAAGCGUUUAGAAUAUCUUUUCUUAAUGGUCCACUAGUUUUGAUCUGGCCAUUAUGAGACGCCGAUGUAUUUCGUCUUCGCACGCUCCACUACCUUGGCAAUGACGGAGCCCAAGUAUUGUUCAAGCAAUCUAUAUAGUGUAAUAGGUAAGAUUUGUAGCUUUGGGUUGUUCUUCUUUAAGCUAUAUUAGGCAGGCAGCUGGUGUUUUCUGGUAAUUAAAUAUAUUUAUUUAUACUUAGGUAAAUACCGUUAAAGCAGGAGAUAAUAUUGUAUGUGUUAAAAUUAAUUUAAUCAAUUUUUUAAUAACAUUUAACCUCACAGGGACCUCCCUCUUACCGCAUGCUUGCAUUAAUAACUGAUGUAGAAUAGCUUUUAUAAUUAUUAAUCUUGUUAUUGUUAGAAUUACUGAUACUAAAAGAACUUUAUAAAAACACAGUUAGAUCUAAAAUUACUUUAGGUAUACAGUUCAAAACUUUUAAAAUUCAGCACAAAAUGCAAGCAUGUCCCCGCUCUUUUUUUAUUUAUUAAAAAUACAAAAUCUAAAAAUAUUCUUUUAACUGAGUCUUUUCAUUACUACACUUAUGCUUGGAAAAUGAAUUGCACAACACAACAAUUAAAAUACUGAUACACUUAACUCAUUUUCUCCUUCUUCCGUAUUUUCUUCGUCACUAUCAUCGCCCAAUUCAAUAAUAAAUUUAUUUCCGCCAUUAAUGUGAAAGUGCCCAAUCUUCUUAUAAUAUUCUUCCACUUUGAUCACUUUGGCGAUUCUUUUCUGCCAGUCUACUUUGGUAAUAUUGGCUACUUCUUUUUUAAUUAUCUCAAUUACCUUUUUGUCAAAUUUAGGAAAUGUAUUUGAACGCCUUAUACUUGGUUUUAAUUGUCCCCAAAUUAACUCAAUAGGAUUGAAAACACAAAAGUAGGGGGGGAAGUCUCAAUAUAGUGUGUCCAUGCUUUUCGGCAAUACUCUCUAGAGCGUAUAAUUUUCUAAAUUUCUUCGUGUGUAGAACUUCAAUAAGUUGUUUUUUUUGUGUAAAAAUCUUCGAAAUACAAAUCAUUUUCCAUUAAAAAAAUUUGCAGGUCAGCUUUCUUUGAAGAUGUAUUUGGUAUUUUAGUGAGCUGUCGGGAAUGAUAGGAAGCGUUGUCAAGCACUAUUACGCUGUUUUUCUCCAAGUUUGGGAUCAGCGAGUUUUCAAACCAAUCUUCAAAAAUGUCAGCUUCCAUAUUCUUGUGGUAGUCAAAGUUACAAUCUUCCAUUUUCUUCCCACAUAAUUUUAAAGCAUUCGGAACCCAUCCCUCACUUCCUCCGCAAUGUACAAUAAUUAGCCGCGAGCCUUUAUUUGCAGGCAUUUUUGGUAUGCACAUGCUUGAACCAUCUGUCCAUCCUUUCUUUACUGUAUCGUGGGUAUCAUACCAAGUUUCAUCUAAAUAAUAAAUUCUCCUAUUUUCUUGCCUAUAUUUAGUAAUUUCUUCUAGGUAAAUAUUACGUCUGUUGACUAUUCUUUGGCUUUCCAUAAUUGCUUGACGUUUAUUUAUUUUUUUAAACUUAAAGCCCAUUUUUUUUAACCAAUUUUGAAGAGUUUUCUCACAGCAGUUCAUAUUUCGACCGGUUGUUUCCAAUUUCUUUCUUAUUAUUUCUAUUGUAGGAAUUUCAUUGCUUUUGCAGCAGUCGUAUAUUGUGGUUUUCAAUAGUUUUACAAGUGACGCAUUUAAAGGUCUUGAAAAUUUGUAGUCACAUCGUUUCUUGCGAUGAUAGGGUUCACUUUUAACUAUUUUAUAUACAGUAGAAAGUGGAAUUUCUGUUAAAUCAGAGGUGGCUUGUGCCAAUACUGUUUCAUCGAAGCCGAAUUUCGUACGUAGAUUUUUGUAUACAUUCAAACAUACUUGCUGUGUUUCUGCAUUUAAAUGCAUUCGAAUCUUCUUUACGAGCACUUUUUUUUUAGUAAUUGCAUUCACACUAGCACUGGCAAUUUCUACAAUAUCAGCGUUAUCGUACGCGAUAUUUACAUUAUCCCACGGGCGCCACAUCACUAUUCACAUUAAUUAAAUUACAAUAAUCAACACUUGACACUCUCCAAACGAAAUACUAAACCAAUAUUCAAAAUAAUUACAGCAAACAAAACACUCGUAUCCCUUAACACACGUACACUCCAGUACUACACUGCUACCGAACUAAAACUAAGUUUUUGCAAGAAACUUGUGAAUAUAUAUGCGGGAGGUCUGGCCGUAAAAACACAGAUGCGUUCAAAGGGCCGCUUCUUAAACGUUUGACCUAAUAUAUCUUUAUUUGAAGAAUAUCAUAUUUCACCGGCUUAAAGCUAUUCCACAAUAUUUUUUACUCGGACAAUACCAACUUAGUAACCCUUUAGUACACUGCUAUAUUUCUAUACUAAUAAUCAUGACUUUGGUGAUUUGAGUAUUUAUUUUUAAGCUAUGAAUAAAUAUAUAGAUUUAAUCAUACAUAUAACACAGCUGGAGCCACAGCCACUUUCAUGCCAAAAUGGCAAAUUUUUAAAAGACAAAAAUUAUAAAUAAAAAGUAUGAGAUACCUCCAGGACUCGUUUAAAACUCACCAAUUGUAUCCCAAGUAACCUUCUUAUUAUCCCGUCUCCUUCAAUUGUAGCUUUGGAAAUUGCUACAUGAAAGAUUUCUGCGAUGAGCGGUCAAACCAUAUCAUCAGGUCUUUCAUCCAAGAGUUCUGAUAUCUUCCUACAUGGCAUCUACUCUUUUUUCUGUUUCAGUAAUGUGUCCAAGUCAUAUAGCAAGACAACACAUGUAACAUCUAAUCAUUCGGAUUCUGAUAUUUAUGGUAAGGCGUGACUUUGGUACAAAAAUGUUUUCAUUGGUUGUUCGAUUCUUGAUAGGAUUUCUUUUUAUAGGGUUACCUGGCUAUUGGCUCCCAAAUAUUUUAUGGAAGUUACCUCAUGAUACUACGACAACCAGAGAUAAAGCCACUUCGAGAACAACUUUUAACCGGUGCGCGCAUGACGUCAGCGCCCGACAAUCUUGUACGGAGACUUAUGGGAAAGCAUAGAGUUUUAUACGGUUUUAUACAUUCUCGUGUUAUUAAAUAACUGAAGUUGCCGUUCGUCUGCUCUGUUACACUGUUUAAUUUAUACUUUGAUGAAUUAUUAUAAUCAUACCAGUAAAAUAACACAAUAUAUUAUGUAGAUACUGUACUAAAAAACGUAAUAGUUUUUUCACUGCAAAAAUUAAAGAGGUUUCUUGACAUGCAGAAAACUUUAAAUAAACCGCGUCAAAUAAAAGAUGGUUUAUUGAUAAAUAAUAAAAAAACUAAAGUUUCAAAAAAGUAUUAAAAUUACAAAAACAAAAUUAAGUAGAUAUAUUUAGAUGGAUUUAAAGAGGUGGCCGUUUAGCCUUAUUCCCCUUCUACCUUUUCAGAUCUAUUGUGGUCCUCUAAUUCUAGAUUACAUUCUUUAGUCUGGUCCUUUUUAAAAGGUCCAAUAAGCCCCAAUUCUCACCGUACAUUCUUCUACAUUUGCCCAAGGACAUAGUAGCUUUCUGUGUGGGUUUCAGGAUGUGAGCAUUCCAUUUCAGCCUAUGAUCAGUAUAAACCCAAGGUAUUUUGUUUUUUUGGCAAAUGAAAUCUCUGUUCCUCCCAGCACCGUAGUUUUAAGCCUUCUAGUGCUGUCCUUUGGGUGCAGUUGGCGAUUUGUUUUCUGAGCAUUGACUAUCAGACCACGAGAAGGGUGCAAUCAAAGAUUACAUACCCCCAAUCAAUGUUGGGAGUACCCAGCGGUCUUGGGUUUAAAGAGGUGCAAAGUCCUAAGACUCUCCAAGCAAAACUCAUCUCCUGAGAUUAGUUCUCUUCCCGCUCAGCUUUAUGACUAGAAAAAGAGCACAUCUAUCGGCCCAAAAAAAAACAAGACAAAAAAAACAAAACAAAAACAAUAUUAAAUUUGAGUCAUUUUACUUAACGAUUUUUGCAAUUUUUUUUUGUAUUUUAUACUUUUCUUUCAACUUUUGGUUCAAAACUCGCAUUCGAAAAUACAUCCGACAUCUAAAAAAUAAUUUUAACUAUUUAUAAUGGGAAAUAAGCCACACUUUCGACGCCCAGUAUUAAUUAGUAUUUGUAUUUUGACAACGGCACCCGAUUUGGGCGUCGAAACGUUAAUAAAAAUCAUUUUUUAAUAAUAUUGUGGCUUAUUUCCCAUUAUAAAUAGUUAAAAUUGUAAAAAUGCCACAAGAAAAUAGCUUCAGAACAACAUCUAAAAAAUAGUUUUUUACAUCACCAGGUAUUUUAACAAUAACUGAUCUUUCCCAUAAAGAUUUUUGAUAAUUUUUGAUGCCAGCUUUAAUAGCCCCAAUGAAUUGGCAAAAAAUAUUUUCUAGUUCACGACAGUUCGUAAGUAAUAUUUCUGAAGGCUUCACCAAACCCCCUGCUGAGAGAUGAUUUACCCACGAGGAAGAAGUGUUACUAUUUGUAGAACUGCCCACUCUCUUCAUGUCGUAGCUUGAAAACUAUGAAACCAGCUAAAUUUUCUAGUCAAUCAUGAUACAACUCUUCCAUUUCACAAUCUGUUUGAUGGUUUUAAUUUUCUGAAGUUACUGCAAGAUUUAAUUGACUAAAGAGUGGUUCGGUUAUCAUCACUGAAUCUACUACGUCAUUGUUGUAACAAUCAAGAUUCAAAGAGCUUCCUGCUUUCAUGUUUUGAAGCGACAUGUUUGUUGUUUCUGGUAGGUUACUUACAUUAGCUGAGAGUGAAAUAACUUCAUCGUUCCGACCCAUAAUAAAAUUACGAAGACGGUAUUUAAAUUGCAAAGGAGACGGAUGAUCAUGUAAACCUCCAAUCACACGUAUUACUGAGAAUAGUCCUUCUAAGCAAACUUGAUUUAAAUUAUAUGUUGUUAUAUAAUUAAUGUUGAAAUCUUUUUUUAAAUCUAGAAAGAGUAGUCGCAAAGAUUUAAUACUAACAAUAAUACCAUGCUGAAAGGGCAGUAAUGACUAUUUCUAAUUAUAUUUAAGAAUUUUAUCCCGAAAACAUAGCUUUAUGCUUUCCGAAAACUUUCGCAAACUGCAUAAAAAUAACAAACUGAAGUUAAAAAUCGAACACUUGGCCUGGCGUUUGUCGGUCAGUGACGUAGGCGUAGAAGAGAGAGAGACAGGCUUAUUCAUGCGCGUGGCUUUAUCUCUGGUUGUCGUAGUAUCAUGAAGUUACCUGGUCUAUUAAUUGCCCAUCGGCACACAAAUGUACGUUUCUUGGUACCUAUGUUGAAAAAUACUACAAUUAUAGGUUUGGAAACAUUUAGAUUUAUAUUUUAUACUUUAUAGUUCUUUUGCGUUGCUUGCUGUUAGGACGGUACUAUCAGCGUACCCGAUGUUGUCUAUGUUAGUUCCCAAGUAAUCGGACUUUGUUAUUAUGAAUGUAAGUUUUACAAGAUAUUUGCCAUAGACAAGUUAAUGUUAGAGUCCUAUCUUAAAAAGUUCCAGCUCUAUUAGUUACUUUCUAUUCAGGUUGUUUGUGCACACCGACAUGGGAAACAUUGUUGACUUUAUAAUCUGAUUUGUUGUAGUAUGACUAGAAAACAAUGUUGUAGAUUAAAUGUAUAGAAAUGUGACACGAAAGUAGAACCUACAUAUCAUUAGCAUUGUAAAUCCAAUAGACAACAUGUAAAAAAGCCAAUUACUUUUUUGUGUAAGUACCAUUUAAAGUUCAGUAUGAGCUAUCAUGCAAAAAAUACCAAUUAAUUUUUUAUAGGGAGUGGAAGAGCCAAAUGGAAUAAAUUCGAUACUACAUAUAAAGGAAGGCGUGUUCAAAAAAUCGCUCUGACACGUCGACUAGUAUUUUUAGUCGAGAAUUUUUUGCCAUAGAGACUUACUGUUUAUGUCAUUGUAAGAGUGGGCAAUACGUAUUGCCAACUUUAUUAUUUCAAAUACAAUACCCUGUGUAUUAUUCAAUUUUUGAAUUUCUCAGUAUAUUCUAAACUAAAAUAUAUGGACCACGGCAGACUUUUGUAGAUUAUGUGUUAUUUAGCUUCUCUGCAUCUAGAGCUUAAUCUAAUUACAUUAAAGAAUACCAAUACUUCUGGCCAAUAUAUUCAGCUAUUUAUCAUAUUCCUAGUCAAGAAAGACUCUUUUCAUGUGGAUUUUGGUUAGCUAAGAAAUGGGUUUUGGAAACAUCAGUUUGAACCUUGUUUUGGUAACUUUUCAGCUUUCUUAUUUAACGAUUCCUUUAUUGGCACCCACAUCAACGAUACCUUGUUUGCUGACCGACACAAGCUUUGAUUUACAAGUUAAUGACUUCAGAGCCUUUAUUACACUUUGGUUGUCAGAAAUAUAAUGCAAACUAUUGUCUGAAGUACAUCUCUACUGAGACAUCUAGUCACUGCUGUAUAGGUAAUGGAUUUUGGGAAGAGCUAUGCCCUUGAAAAUUUCACAUAAACUUGUGUACUAAAUCGGCAUAAUUCAUAGCUCUUGUAUCCAAUACCUUAAUAAUAUAACUAAAUAUUUUCAAUUCUAAAAUAUUGUAAGACUUUAAAGAGUCUGAGUAAGAAAAGAGAUGUUUAGGUAGGUAUAUUCUUUGCGACAUUUUCAAGGUAAUAGCUGUUCCCAAAAUCCAUUACCUAUAAAUAUAUGAUGUUUUUUAGCUUGAAAAAUAGUUAUGUGCCUUUUAGAGAUUUAAGAGCCUAAAAUUGUUACUGUAACUCCAGUUCUUAGUUCUUUUAUCUAUCUUAAAUCCAUUUGUAUACCAUACUACGACAAAGUUAAGUAUUAAUUUGAUUUCUCUACUUAUAGCUUAAAUUUUAACAGAACUAUUAAUAUUUGACGAUUUCGCAUGUAUUUGGUCCAAUUGUAAUAAACUCCAAAAGCUCUACUGAUACGGAAAACGUAGAUAUCAGCGACGUACAUUAUUUUUUUGUUACAGAAGCUAAGAUCAAAUUUGUAUACCUACGUAUGACAAUAAAUAUACUAAACAUU